UAUGUGUUAAGGUACAUUGAUACUCUGAUAAGAGAGAUAACUCUUGGUGACACAAAUGUCUAUUCCUUUAUAAAUUCAAGUUGAAGUGCCUUUUUUUUGCCAAAUUUUGCCCCGCAAGCUAUGCUGUAAUUGUUUGUAUUUUAUUCAGCUUAUACUUUUGCUGUGGAAAAUCAUGAAAGUUAAAGAAUAAUUUCAUAUGAGUGAGCAGAGGGUUUAUGAACCUAAAUUUAAUAGAGAAAAUGUGUCAUUAUAUUGGUAUCACCUAGCUCAGAAAAUAUUGUACAAUUGUACUCUUUAAAUUGCAGUGUUCCUGAGCAGCCGAGGAGGGUCUUGGAUAACACAAUAUUGCGGAGGACACCACCGCCCUUUGUAGACCAGUCUUCCGAAUCUUUUGGGCCUAUCGACGACGUACUACAAGACGUGGAAGAAUCGGUGGCAGCUGACGAACCCAUGGAAGUGACUGUGGAUCGACCCAUUGAGUACCAUGUGGAGGAGACUGGGUCAAACCAGGGAAAGCGGAAACUAACAGACAGCAGAGGAUACUCCUACACAGUCAAGGUAUAAUCAAUGUUCUCAAAAAGUUACAAUAUGUAAUCACCUCUAAAAUGCGGGCAAUAAAAUACUGUUUCACAUGUAACUGAAUGUUAUAUAAUAGGGAAUAGUCAAAUACGGUAUAAAUUUUAAAAUCUAAAAUCCAUUUAAGUGAAUUAUUGUUCAUUACAAAAACUCUGUUUAUUACAGCGAAUGCGGAAGAACAACACAGUCGUCGAUUGGUGCUGUAGCGUUAGAUCCAAAGCUCUCCGAUGUCCAGCCACAGUGGUGCAAACUGGUGACAUCUUCAGGGACGGACCAAAAGACCAUGUCCAUCCAUCCAAGCCAGGGUUAGCAACUGCAGUGAAGAUAAUGUCACAGGUUAAAGCUCGUGCCAAAAAAGAAGUGUUCACUUCUGCUGCCACCAUCGUGCAGGAUGUCAUGAGAGCCAAUGUUGAGACUUCUGCACCCGACUUCAGUAGGCCUGACCUAGACAAUCUAGUCCGCAGAGCCAACAGAACGCGGGAGAAGAUGAGGCCAAAACACCCCGUUGACUUGGCUGAUUUCGAGAUCAAUCUCGAUUUUCUUCCGGAAAACUUUUUCGUCGGCGAGGCACGCGUAGACGACCGGCGCCACUUCAUCUUCGCCACCCAGGACGGUCUGCAGACUCUCUGUGGGGCCAAACGGUGGUACAUGGACGGGACCUUCAAGAUUGUCCGGGCCCCUUUCUACCAACUUCUGACUGUCCACGCCUUCAUCACAUCGGGCGACGUCAUGAAGCAGCUCCCGCUUGCCUUUAUUCUUAUGUCUGGGAAGCGGAAAAGGGAUUAUAGCGGGGUCCUCUCUGUUCUUCUGGAACACCUGCCAAGGCAGCCCAAAGUAAACAGCGUUGUUGUUGACUUUGAGGCAGGCCUUUGGCAAGCCAUUCGGGAGACCUUGCCAGACCUUGACAUCCAUGGUUGUGUCUUCCACUGGACACAGGCUGUCUGGCGGAAAGCGGCAUCCAUCGGGCUUUCGGCAGCUUACAGGCACGACGACGGGACGCACGAGUUGAUAAGGAUGUGUCUUGGUCUGCCCUUCCUUCCUUCGGCACACAUCGGGCAAGCUUUCCAAAAGCUUCGGGAGCAAGCCUCAACCCCCCUGCUUGAGGAGCUGAUGGUGUACUUGGAGGAGACCUGGAUCAACAAUCCCCUGUGGCCCACCCACUCAUGGUCGGUCUUCAGGCAGUCCAUACGCACCAACAAUGACGUUGAGGGAUGGCAUCGGCGCCUCAACGACCAAUCUCCAAAUGGACAGCUGCCGUUCUAUGUUCUGGUGCCACUUCUUCACCAAGAGGCUAACCUGCUACCCCUCCAGCGGAAAUUGGUGUCCGAAGGAAAGCUGUGCCGUAGGCAGAGAAAGACCGGGCAACAGCAGCGAAUCUUCCACCUCUGGGACCUGUACGAGGCCAGGGAAAUUCGCUCCCUGCGGUUCCUAACCAAGUGUGGUAAGAUUAUAGGCCCCAUUGACAAACAGACGUGACUGACCUUUUAAAGAGCCCUGGACAUUGAGUAUCAGAUCUCUACGUCGCCCUGAUGCGACAUUGCGUGAUGCAUGGGGAUCUGAAACUUUUCUGACUAGCUGACAGAUGUUGUAAAUACUUGUAAAUACUAGUAGUAACUUAAUAUAUUUAUCCAACAUACCUUUUAUGUCUGAAAUUAGUAAAUGAUUUACUUUUUUCAUUUGUGUCACAAUGCUCUGAAAGAUUUUUAAUUCGUAUUGUUUCAGUAAAAAAAAAAAUCAUGCAUUUUUUUUUUAGCAGAUGGCAUUCAUUGUUCAUUGAAUUAACCAUGCUUUUUCUUUCAGGAAUUAUUUUAAUGUUUCCUUAAAUCUGUCUUAUUUGGAAAAUACUCGCAUUAAGCAUUUAUCCAACAUGUCUUUAAUUAGUAUUUGAAUUGCUUUUUCCAGUGCUUUGAAAAAUAUUUAAUUCGUAAUGUUUUGGUUAAAUUUUAGCUUAAUGCAUUUCUUUGCCGAUGACAUUUAUUGUUAAUUGUUUUAUAAACCAUGUUUUUCUUUCAGGAUUUUUCAUUUUCUCUUUUUUUUUUCAAUUUGUCUCAUUU